UAGAAACAUAUACUCAUAUGUUACAGCAGCGGAAGUUCAGCAGGUAAUUAUUUUCUUCUUGACCAGCGGGUUUUACCUUUUCAAAUGUAACCAAUUAAAGGGCCUGAGGGGGGAGAGGGGUGAGGUAGGAAGUAAGGAGUGGCUUCAGCACGCGAGUGGAAGCCAUGUUGUAACCUCCUGAAGGCCGCCAAGUUUUGUGAAGCAGCUUUUUAUGAAAUCCUGUGAUUUUCAGAGCACUGGAGUACAUUUCGAUUUGUUUCACGUGAAGUUGAAAUGAACACGACCAGCUUUAUAGUCGCAGUCCGGAGAGGAUGCAUGCAGACCUGCAGACGACCCGUUUCCUCGUCGAUGGUUCAGUGCUGCCUGCAGUCGACACAGCCUGUCGCUGCAGCCCGGCUGCCCUACAGGGUGAAGGUUUCUGCUGGAAAACGCUACGCCUGGUGUGCUUGUGGACACAGCAAGAAACAGCCUUUUUGUGACGGAUCUCACAAGUCAAAAGCUCCAAGCAUCCCUCCUCUACGCUUCACCCCUGACAAAGACAGGACGGUCAUGCUGUGUGCCUGUAAGCAAACCAAAGGCGCACCGUACUGUGAUGGCUCACACUUCAAGGUCAUCUUCCAGGAUUUAAUGAAGUCGAUAAAAGGUGUCUUUAAAUGAAGUCAAGUAAAUGUAAGAGAAGGUGAAAUUGUGUUGUCUUCAACUGAUAUUUUGUCUAUAGAUAUUACAUUGUUUUUUUAAUAUGAUAUGAGCACAAUGUUGUAUACCCAUUUAAACAUGCCUGGAAAAAUAACAAAUGUGUUGUGUCGAUGACAUUCAUAACGUGGUGUGCAAAGAUGUGGGCACCCUAAGAAAAAUGUUUUUUUAAAUGAUUAUUUAAGUAAGUGUCCAGCUGCAGCGGCUGUUCGGUCUGGAAACCAUGAGUUUCUCUGUCCAAGGACGUCAGAAUAAAGAUAGUUCACUUCCACCAACAAGUAGAAGGCUACAACUGUCUGAAACAUUAUCAGACAACUGGAACAGUUGAAGUCAGAGCAAGAUGUGGAAGACCAACAAAGAUAUGUCAGAACAACAAAGACCUGCACAGAGCCGGUAGAGACAUCUGCAUAGAUUAAAAUGAGACUGUAUUCGUUAUGCCAAUUAUGGGUUGUGUUCAUUCAAGGUUGCGAUGUUAAUUUCAUGUCAUUGUUCAUAAAAAGAAAACAGACAAAUGAUAUGGUGGCAAACUGAUGUCCCUAUCUCUAAUCAAGCGGCAGACAGGUGAACAGGCUAUUGCUCGCUAUC